AUGGAAUACGAAGUUUUCGACGGAUUUCGUAAAAAUAGUAAGCUACAUCAUAGUAAUGAUGGCUUUUUUUACCGCGUAAAGAAAGUGAGGCUAUCGUCUACCUCACUAAGUUGUAUAAAACCCAACUGCACUGCGAGAGGUAUGAUUUAUUUUUACUUCAUCGGACUUAUCAGGAAUGAUAGAUUUGAGGUGAUCGGACUUCAUAAUCAUGAUCCUGAUAUGGAAUAUUUGUCCGCUGUACGUGUAAAAAGCCAAAUUCUUUAUCGUUGUUCAACAGAAUUGACCAGUCUUAAAGUCAUUUAUGAUGAAGAAAUAACACAAUUAAACCAUGUUAACACUCAAUUGACGUACACCAGCUUCUUGCGAACUAUGGAACGGGCCAGGGCCGAGGCUCAGCCAUCGAUACCCCAGACUCUCUUGGGAUAUGCGGGCAAUUUGUCUGACCCGAGGUACCGUCAUCUAUUUUUAACGUCUAGCAACGAGGAGUUGUAUAGGGGCUACAUAGAUGGAGGUGUAGAAGCUGGCGAAGCAGUGGUUUUCAUUUCGCCUGCAAUGAUGAAGUAA